UUUGAAGAGCCCGUUUCUCCAGAGAAAGACUCUCCUACUGAAGAUGACAGAUCCUGGGCUCUCACAGAAGGAUUAAUAAUUAGCAAGCUUCAGGCCCUCCACUGGUGUAUUGGACUGCAGGGCUGUAGCCAUCACACAAACACGCACACACGCACACACAGACAAUGCCAUACAGCCAGUGGUCUACAGGGCAGGUAGCUCAGUUGCCUGGUGACGGUGCAUGCAUCGGUAAGGGACAGUGGAGAGGGUCAGUCUGAAAAGACCAGCCUUGUUCAUCUGUCAUAGAAGAGACGUACCCAUCAACACUUCUCUUUCAAAAUGGCCGGAGAGGUGGGAGCUGAAGCCUUGUAUGGGACUCCUGGAAAUUUCAGAUGUCGCUCUCUCACACAAGAACAGGAUAGUUGCAUCAUGCAAGUGGAGUUCACAAAACCAGAAGGAGGAGGCCUUGGCUUUGCUUUGAUUGGGGGAACCAAUGGCAGCAUGCUCAGAGUGAAGGAAAUCUGCUCUGGUGGAGUAGCUGAGCAGGACGGCCGUCUAAGAGUGGGAGAUAUUCUAUUAGAGGUGAACGGUGUGAUCGUGUCUGGGCUGAGCCACAGUAAGGUGGUGGAUAUCCUGCGUAGAGCUGAAGGCAGUGUACAGCUCACCAUCUGCAGAGACAUCCUGCCCCUGGCCUACUCCGAGUCACCUACACCACCCAACAUGUCUGCUCACACUGAAGCUAUUUUAGCCGAGCAGCCGGCUCCUGUGUCCAGCCCUGAUACCUGUUCCUCCCUUGACGUCAUGCUGAAAAGGCCAGUUGAGCACCCCCCUGUGACUUCAGACCCUCUGGUCAAUGAAGCUGGAGUGUUUGUUACCUCACCACCUCCUCCACCACGCCGACUGACUGUCGUAACAGAUGACACUGAAAUCAUACAGGAGAGCUGUAACAGCACCCCUUCUCAUCAAGCUUGCUGCCCAUCCCUCAAUGUCACUGACAUGUUGCAUGGAGCUUCUGAAAGGUGGAAAAGUCGCAGGGAAAGGAAGCUCAGCCUUGCAUGAUUUCAUCCCCUCCUACCGAAGAGUAAAAU